CAUAAAAUAAGUAAAUAUAAGAAUGGACAAAUGCGUUGAUAAAUCACUUACUUCGAAUAAUUUAAAUUUCGUGAUAGAUAAUAAUGAACCUUGUAACACUGAAAAAUGUGAAAUAAUUCCGAUUGAAUCAAAUGGGUACAACAAAGAUAGAGUUAAAAAAUCACAGCUCUUAUCUCCUGAUGGAUGGGAAAAUUAUCAAAAAGAAUUUAUUCAGUCAUGUUUUAAAUUUUGGGAAGUCAAUGAAACACAAUUUCAAGUGGACAAAACUGGAUUGGAGGCAGAUUUAGCUAAUGAUUCAGAACUACAAACACCAUUCUCAUUGUUUGCAAAUGAAAAUAAUAAAGAAAUUAUUAAUGAUUUUAAUUCAAAUAAAACUUCGAACAAUGCUAUUGAUUCAGAAGCAUUACGAACAAAAGAAUGCAUCGAUAUAAUUGACCAUUCGUCAAAAAGUAAACAGAAGGGCCAUAAUGAUUUUAAAAUUAAUGAUAAUGUUGUUGAUAAUAGAGGAAAUAAAGGAUUUCCGAGAAAAAAAAUGAAAAAAUUUUCUUUUUAUAAGCAUACAAAUUUACAAACCAAAUCAAAUGAAAAAGUACAACCAUUAAGCUUUGAUAGGUAUGCAUCUUACACUUCAGAUGAUGUGUGGGCUUAUAAAAUUUGGUUAGAAUCGGUAGAAAAAAUUAAAAAACAUAAACUAAACGUAAACAUUACAAAAGGAAACAACGAAAAAAAUUCUAAUUAUGUAAAAUAUGACACUACAAAUAAUGACGAUAAGUAUUAUUUAGACAUCGAAGUAAGACAAAUGGAACAAAAAGUCCAAAAACUUAUUAAAUCAUUAAAGGAAAAAAAUAAACUAUUUACAAAUGUUGAUGUAAAUGAGCGAACAUCAAAGUUUAGAUCAUCGAAUAAGCUUAAAUAUUUUUUCAAAAGUGCAUUCCGAGGAAAUCAGAAUGAGUUUGACCGACAAAUAUUAGACGAUUAUACAAAAUAUAUUAAUCGAAAGCUGCAUACAUGGCAAACUUUAUUGCAUUGUUUAAAUGAUAUUAGACAAAGAGAAUCUUGUUCAAUAAAUACGUCCAAUCUUCCAGAAGACACGAUUAAGUAUAAAUUCAUUGAACACGACUGUAAUGAAAAAGUGAUGUAUGAUUACGAUGGCGAUAACUUAAAGUCCAUAGCAAUUAACCAGGGUCUCAAUGGAAUGGGUAAACAGAAAAGUAAUAAGUUUAUUAAGUUACUCAGUAAAACAAAAAGUACAAUGGACCUACGUUCUACUGUUAAGCGGAUGGAUCAUAACAGUUUCAAUAGCAUCCGAGUAGACCAAUGGUCAUCAAAUCAAAUCAACGAAAAAAUUGACAUUUGCAAGCUUAUGAGUGGUGUAAACUGUAAUGUGAACCGUCCAAAACAUAAUAUCUGGAAAAGCUUAUCUGACACAGAUUUGUCAACCAUGAGGUCUUACACAGAUUAUGACGAGAAGUCAAUUGGAAGCAAAACAAUGAGAACUAUUAGCCGGAAGACGUUAACACCAGAAAUGCUGAUAGUGGACGACGAAGACAACCGUCACUGGGAUGAUAUGGCCAGAGGAUUGUGGGAAGAACAACAGGAGUGUUUUCAUACGGUUAGAGCUCGUUUAGAGUAUGUUGGAAGCACUUUUACAGAACAGAAUCAAUUAAUUGGAUUAAAAACUUUAUGUAAAGUAGAUGUGUUGGCUAGAUUGGGCCAUUCAGCCGAGGCCGUGGACCUUUUUGUAUCCACACUACCACUAAGUAAUAAUCCCGAUUUAAUGAUUCAAAAAGCUAAAGCAGCGUACGACUGGAAGUUUUACUGUCAUCUCUCGAUAUGGCAUCAUUCUUAUAGAGAUUGACUGUAAAAAACAAUAACUUGAAGCGAAGCUUAAUUCAUUUUAAUACCUUAUAGUAUAUUUAUAGUAGUAUUUAUAGCA